AUGGCCACUGACAUCAUCGCCCCCCAAACAGGCAAGCAGGCCAGAGUAAACAACAACAGCGACGAUUCUCAAAAGAAACAUGACCACUCUCCUACUCCUUCGCAUUCUGCCGCUCAUCAUCCGAAAGCCAUGGUUGGAGGUGCAACAGAACCAGGCGUAGUACCCGGCGCCAACACCCACCGGGGCGCCAACAUACUCAUUCCGGAUGCCUACUCGGUCCAGCCAGGACAUAUGCAAAAUCGCGUUGCCCAGGCCGACGGCGUUGCUGCGCAUCAUGCUGAAGAAAACCAGAGUGUCCCUGGCUCCCGCUCCAAGAGUGAGAGGGCAGAGGAAGUCCACGUCGCCAAGAUCGUCCAGGAGGAGAACGAGAGCAAAUCGAAAUUCCCCAGGUAUCCGGGUCUCGAACGAUGGGAACUCCUCGAGAAGAUGGGAGACGGCGCUUUCAGCAACGUCUACCGCGCCCGUGACCUCCAGCACGGCGCCGGUGAGUGCGCCAUCAAGGUUGUCCGCAAAUUCGAAAUGAACAACAUGCAGGGCAACAAGCAUCUACAUCCCGACUUCAAAAAGGUGCCCAAGGCUGCAGAGCGAGCCAAUAUCCUGAAGGAAGUGCAAAUCAUGCGACAACUUGACCAUCCCAACAUCAUAAAACUCGUCGACUUCUCGGAAUCCAAGCAGUACUAUUACAUCAUCCUCGAAUUGGCGCCUGGUGGCGAGCUGUUCCAUCAAAUCGUUCGCCUCACUUACUUCAGCGAAGAACUUUCAAGACACGUCAUUGUGCAAGUCGCGAAAGCACUAGAGUACCUACACGAGGAGAGAGGUGUUGUGCAUCGUGACAUCAAACCCGAAAACAUCUUGUUCAGCCCGAUUCCGAUUGUGCCAUCAAAGGUCCCCAAGCCCAAGCAGGCUGGGGAUGAGGACAAAGUCGACGAAGGCGACUUCGUCCCGGGCGUCGGAGCCGGAGGUAUUGGGCAGAUCAAGAUCGCGGAUUUUGGCCUGUCCAAGGUUGUCUGGGACAAGCAAACCAUGACUCCAUGUGGCACUGUCGGUUACACAGCACCCGAGAUCGUCAAGGAUGAACGGUACUCGAAGUCAGUUGACAUGUGGGCCCUGGGCUGCGUACUGUACACCUUGCUAUGUGGUUUCCCUCCUUUCUACGAUGAGAGUAUCGAGGUACUUACCGAGAAGGUUGCUAAGGGCCAGUACACAUUCCUCUCGCCUUGGUGGGACGACAUUUCCAAGUCUGCCCAGGAUCUGAUUUCCCACCUGCUCACUGUUGACCCCGACAAGCGAUUCACCAUCACCGAGUUCUUGGCGCAUCCUUGGGUCCAAGGUUCAGGCCCGACGCCACGUGAAGAGAAGAAGAUGCAGAGCCCGGACACACUCCGCGCGUUUGAUGCGAACAAACUGAUUGAUGGCGAGCGUCGCAUGGAUUUCCGAUCACCAGGUGCUAUCAACCUUCGUGAGAUCUUCGAUGUUGGUUACUCGGUGCACAGGCAAGAGGAGGAGGCCAAACGCCGGAAUCAAGUUGGUACCAAGGGUGUCGCACCAGCUCGAUUCCAGGCCCUCAAUGAGGACUCGGAAGAGGACGAGGAGGAGCAGGCUGACCCUCAAUACGUGCACAAGUCCGAGGCAGAGCGGCUUGAACAGAGCAUGCGCAAGACAAAUCUUGGGAAGGACCAAGACCGUGGCCGAGAACGUGACCGACGCACUGAGAAGACCGAAAAAGGGUAUGGACAGCACAGCGCAGCCGUUGCUUCGGCCGCACGACAGCAAGUCCGGGAUCGUAAUAAGCAGCGAGGUGCAUUCGAGCUCAGCCUGGAUGGCGCCACGCUGCUGGGACGACGAGCCAACAAACCUACCGCUAGUGCCGGUGGAUUUUAG